UAUGCAUACAUUAUAUGUAUAUAUGUCUAUAUGUUAUAGUAUAUACAUACACUACAUAAACAUACCUUGACACUAUGAGUAUAGUCUUCCUUGGGUUUUUGCCAAGACAGAGAGACAUAAAUAGGCUCCACUCUCUCCAGCAGGACACUCAUCCGGAUCAAGAAACAGCACUACAGCACAGCAGACAUUUCUCAAAACAUGUCGUCUCUACUGGCGUUUGAAUUUCUGCUGAUGUGCCUGUCAGCGGAAAUGCUUUCCUGUGAAUCAGCUGACGUCACGCCUACAUAUGUGGCUCGAAGCUGCAAAGAAAUUCGAGAUAAGUACCAGAAAAAAACAGAUGGUCUGUACUACCUGACAACGGAGAGUGGGGUGGUCUACCAGACCUACUGUGAUAUGACCACUGCUGGAGGCGGCUGGACGCUGGUGGCCAGUGUGCACGAGAACAACAUGUAUGGGAAGUGCACUGUAGGUGACCGCUGGUCCAGCCAGCAAGGCAAUGACAUUAAUAGGCCUGAAGGAGAUGGAACCUGGGCUAAUCGGGUUACAUUUGGAACUCCUGAAGGUGCCACCAGUGACGACUACAAGAAUCCUGGGUAUUAUGACAUCAAGGCUCAGGAUGUGUCUGUGUGGCACGUUCCCAAUAACGCCGAGACGCAGCAAUGGAGGUACAAUUCCAUCUUACGCUACCACACCGAAAACCACUUUCUCGACAACAAUGGAGGAAACCUCUAUAGCUUAUUCAAGAAAUACCCAGUGAAGUACGGACUUGGAGUUUGCCGUACUAAUAAUGGACCUUCUGCACCGGUGGUGUACGAUUUGGGAAAUAAAGUUACCAACAAGUUCUUGUAUGGUCCCAACCCAAGAGGAGAGUUUGAGCCUGGAUUCAUCGCUUUCAGAGUUUUCAACAACGAGAGGGCGGCCAUGGCCAUCUGCUCUGGAGUCAGACCGACCGGCUGCAAUACAGAACAUUACUGUAUCGGGGGUGGAGGGCAUUUCCCCGAAGCGGCACCGAGACAGUGUGGAGAUUUUCCCAGUUUUGACUGGAGCGGCUACGGGACUAACAUAGAAUGGAGCGCCUCCAAAGAGAUCACUGAAGCUGCUGUGUUUCUGUUCUACCGCUGAGAUCCAGAUCACUUCAGACAACUUCAGCUCUAUCGUUCUCUUUCUUUCUCUAUCUAUCCUUUAUUAUACAGAUUAUAUAGUAAAAUCGUUUCUUAAUAGGUGAUGGUAACUCUUAUGUAGAAUUAUAGAUAUUACAACAUUGACAUUAUAAAACUGAUUAGAAGCAGGCUCCAAAUACAUGUUAGCUACAUUAGCCUCAUAACAACAGUACUAAUUAGUGAAUUAUAAACUCCAAAUAUAUGUUAGCUACAUAUUAGCCCCAUAACAGCAGUGCUAAUUAGUGGAAUAUAAGAUCCAAAUACAUGUUAGCUACAUUAGCCUUAUAACAACAGUACUAAUUAGUGGAACAUAAGCUCCAAAUACAUGUUAGCUACAUUAGCCUCAUAACAACAGUACUAAUUAGUGGAACAUAAGCUCCAAAUACAUGUUAGCUACAUUAGCCUCAUAAUAACAGUGCUAAUUAGUGAAUUAUAAGCUCCAAAUACAUGUUAGCUACAUUAGCCUCAUAACAACAGAGCUAAUUAGUGGAUUAUAAGCUCCAAAUACAUGUUAGCUACAUUAGCCUCAUAACAACAGUGACAUCUUCUGAGGUAAAUGCUUUCACUACUUGACAGAUAGCUAUAUUAGACUCAUAUAUCUAGUGCUAAUUUGUAGGUUAUGAACAGUUCUAUUACUUGUUAGCUAUAUUAGCCUCAUAAUUCUAGUGCUAAUAAGUGAGAUACAACUUUCACUACUUGUUAGCUAACUACCUAAAUAUCAUAGCUCUAUUGCUAUAUUGUGAUGUAGAAGCUUCCUCUAAUUUUUCGCUAGUUAUAUUAUCUUUAUAGCACCAACACUAAUGCGGCGAGGUUUACGCUAACACUUUUUAGCUAGAUGUUAUUUGAGAUGUACCAGUUCUUAUGUGCAGUAAAAAUGGAGAUUUGUUUUUGUGAAAUUGAUUAUAAGUAUCUUGUGUAUUUACCACUAAGAAAGUUCCGUGAUGAAGCUGUGCCAACGUUCCCCAUCUCCCCCAAUCCCUACACAGUUUUUACUUCAUGUUGUAGUUUAAUUCACUUCAAAACCUAAAGAGUUACAAUAACCAAGAAACGAUUUUCUAUGUUUUCAUUUUGUGAUUUUCU